UUUAUGCAUCAUAAUAUAUUUAAUUUUUUUUAAAUGACAACAUAAAAAUUCUCCCCAUAUUAUGCCCCCUCUUAUAUUUUGGACACAAAUACCCUCCUCCCCUCCUCACUCAAAUUUAACACUUCACUCUCUCUAUUUCUUUCUCUCAUCCCUCAUUUACAGCCAUUUUUUCACAGCUCGGAGGUGGAACGGAUUGGAAGUUUCUUGGCGUUUUUAAGAGAAAAAAUCAUGGGUUCCAGAGUUAAUAUAAUUGUUUCUUACAACGGUGUUUGGGAACAGAAAGGAGAAAAAUGGAAUUUCAAAGCUGGUUCGAACACUAUAAUACAUGUACCAAUUGAUGUUGGUUACAUAGAAUUAUUGGAGAAGUUGUAUUCAAAGUUGAAAGUGGAUAGGUCAUUGUUUGACUUAAAGUUGGAAGUGCCGUUUACAUGCAAUGAUUUUAGUGUAGAUCCCAUUGAAAUCACAGAUGAUGAAGGAGUUAGUGCUCUUAUUCUUGAAAAUUCAAAGUCCUUAAAACAUCAGGUUCCUUUAUGCGUUAGUUCGAUUGCAAAGAACAUUGCUCUUAUUGAUCCAUCUCCUAGAGCGAGUGUUAAUAUGGAAAAUCAUAAUCAAUCAUGCACGGCUAUUCCACAAACAGCUACUGGGCCAAGUGUAUGCAUGGGAGGUCCUAGUCAUAAUGAAACUUUUUUUCCCCCAACAAAUCUCCCGCAUGAUGAUGGGUAUGAGUAUGAGCCUUAUGUCAAUGACGAUCCAAUUGCCCUUUUUGGUGAUGAUGAUGAAAGAGUUGAGGGGUGCAGUAGUUCUGAUGAUAACUCAGAGGAUCAUUUGUCGAUGCUACAUGUGGUUCAAGUAGAUAAUUUAAAUGUACGACCAUUGCCAAGUCGUCAAGAAAGCCAAGGACGGAGGACUGCUGGAUCAGAGAGCAGUCGUCCAACUACACAAGAUGAUGGAAAUAGAUGGAGUUCUCCAGCGCAUACUGCUGAAGAUAUCCCAUGCCCCUCUUAUGUUAUCCCCACGUUAUCUGGGGUGAGUUGUGGAGUAAUAGAAGUUGGGAAAGUUUUUGAGAACAAGUUAGAGUUGAAGACGAAGGCACACUUGUAUGCAAUGAAGCAGAACUUCGAGUUUGUGGUGAAGAAGUCAGGUACUAAAGUUUGGUAUAUCACUUGCAAGGAUCCUGAUUGUGGGUGGAGAUUGAGGGGGAAGAGAAUUCCUAAAUCUGAUAUGUUCGAGAUAACUCGUUUCACCAACAAACACACUUGCUCACUUGACCUCCGACAUAAAGGCCAUCGCCAAGCUGCACCUUGGGUUAUUGGUCAUUGCAUAAAGAAAAAAUAUCAGACUGGAUCGAAUGCGUACAUGGCAAACAACAUAAGAGAGGACAUUAAGAAUGAUUAUGGCAUUGAGUUGUCAUAUGGAAAAGCUUGGAGAUGCCGAGAGAAGGCUCUUUCUUAUGUCAGAGGGACACUGGAAGCAUCCUACCAGAAGUUACCAUCGUACCUGUUCAUGCUUCAACAGAACAAUCCCGGGACGUUGACAGAUUUUGUCACUGAGGAAGAUCGAUUCAAAUAUUGCUUUUUCUCACUCGGAGUUAGUAGAAGAGGGUUUCGUACAUGUCGUCCUGUGUUAUGUGUGGACGGUACCUUUUUAAAGACAAAAUACGGUGGGCAGAUGUUAUGUGCAGUCGCGCUGGAUGCAAAUAACCAUCUAUAUCCAGUUGCAUUUGGUAUUGUGGAUAGUGAGAAUCAUGAUUCUUGGAAGUAUUUCAUGUCAAAGCUAAAAGAAGCGAUUGGGGAAGUCGAGGACCUGGCGUUUGUAUCUGACAGGCAUGCAAGUAUUACACAUGCCUUGGAAACUAUUUUCCCCGAUGCCUAUCACGGUGCUUGCUACCACCACAUUAGUAUGAAUGUGGUUGCUAAAUUCAAGACUGAUCAUUGUCAUGUGUUGAUGUAUAAUAUAAUGAUAAGCAAUUACGCUGAAAGUUUCAACAAUAAGACCCGGGACGCUAGGAGCUUUCCGAUAACUACAUUCGUCGAAUUUAUUCGCUUCACACUACAGUCCUGGUUCUGUAAUAGGAGAGAAACUAGCGAGAAGACAACUACCACUCUUGCACCGACCUAUGAGAAAAUUUUGGUGGAUAUGGCUGAGAAAGCUCGAUUCUUGAUUCCUUAUGCAAUUGGGAGGCAUGAGUUCCAUGUGUUAGAUGGUGAGCUGAAUGGUGAAGUCGACCUCCUGAAUAAGACAUGCACAUGUGGCGUGUUUCAGAUUAUUGGUAUCCCAUGUGCUCAUGCACUAUCUGGAUCCCUUAAGCGAGGGGUAAACUUUUAUUCGUUGUGUUCAGAUUACUAUAAAAUUGAGACAUGGAGGUCCUCUUACACAGAAUCUAUAUAUCCUACUGGUAACGAGGAAGAGUGGAUUGUUCCACAUGACAUUAUGACAAUAACAGUGAGAACACCUGCGCAGAAAAAUCCGGCUGGUCGUCCAAAGAAGAAACAAGGUAGGCCUAAGAUGAAACGCCAUCCUUCCAAUGGAGAUAAAUUGGUUGUUCCACGCAAGUGCAGCACUUGUGGAGGUCUAGGCCAUAAUAGGGCAACUUGUAAAGUUCGUGUUUGA